AUGUACUUGAAAGGGGAGAAACCCCGACCCAGAGGGGCGUCGUGGGUAUGGAAGAAGAAAUUGAUGCGCUUCGUCGUCGCCGUCUGCUUGGUGGGUGGCUUCACUUUCCUGCUGUGGCCUCACCUCGGCAGGGAGCAGGUGGUGAUGCAAGAUCCGGUUUCCAACAUUACCGUUACCUCGGGCGUUCACUGUGAGCCCGACUUCGAUCUCCUCCGUCGUCUCGAUAUCAAGAAACUUUCCGGCUACGUGAAGCGCGAGAUCGUGGCUACGCCGACCUCUGAAACGUUACCGAUCAGACAACAUCUCGACAAACCUCUGUUUGAACCAAUCGAGAGCCCCAAUCCCAUCUCGACUCCGCAAUCGCAGGACGGUUGCUUGAUCCCGCAGCCGGUCUCUUUACGGGUUCCCAAGCCUCCCGUCAAGGUGGACGCCUCGCAUAUCGACUUCGGUGUGGCGACGACGUUGGGUCGGUUGAAUGACUCGAUAGACGCAUUUUCCCACUGGGCUGGCUACACUCAAACUCGCAUCUUCGCUCUCAUUGAGUCGGAUAAGAAGGAGCGGAUCAAGGAGGUCCAGAUGAAGGCAGAUGCAAUGGGGAUCAAUUUGUUUGUGACGGAAUCGAAUGAAGAAUAUCAACGCCGAUACUUCUCACUGGUCUCCCAUCUGGCACAGAACAUGCAGCGGAAGACACAAUGGUCCGUCGUGAUUGAUGAUGAUACGUUUUUCUUGUCGAUGACGGAGCUGGUGAAGGCGCUCGGCGAGUACGACGCACGUCAGCCCAUGUACGUUGGUGGCCUGUCAGAGAGUAUCCCGCAGGUGGGCAACUUUGGUCUGAUGGGAUUUGGAGGCGCCGGCGUCUUCAUGUCUCGGCCUCUUAUUCAACAAAUCAGCGAGCCGGUCAUAUACAAUGACUGCAUAAACACCCCCCAUACUGGCGACCGGAAGAUUUCUCUGUGCAUCUACCAAAACACUCCGACGCGGCUGACCAUAAAUCACCGCCUGCACCAACUCGACAUGACGGACGACGUGUCCGGCUUCUUCGAGGCGAUGCGCCCGCCGCCCCUAUCUGUCCACCACUGGAAGUCAUGGUUCCAUGCCGACAUGGCCAAGCUUAGCGUGGUCGGCGAGCUAUGCGGCGAUGACUGUCUUCUGCGACAGUUCAAAUUUGGAGAUGGAUGGGUUCUGACCAACGGUUUCUCUGUGGUGAAAUACAGCACGGACAUUGAUCCUAACGAUCCUUCCAUGGAGCUGACCUGGGGUGGUCCCGUCGAACAGUACCUUCACGAGCUUGGACCAUUGCGUCUCAAGGACAAUGAUAAGUUCAGUUAUUCGAUGGUAGACUCUGUACUGGACGGAGACACGGUACGACAGUACUACGUCCACCGUGACGCCGAAAAGGGCGAUCAGCUCUUAGAAUUGAUCUGGCGAGCUUGA